AUGCGCAGUGCUGUGCUGGUAAGCAGUACGGGGUACAAAUAUUACACCCGUAUUGGCGGAGUGAAAGGACUGUUCGUCAAAAGUAUGAUUUUAGAAUAAUGUUUCCUGCUGUUUGUCAUGAAUUUAUUUGCAGCCAUUACUAGUUCUUCAGGGAUUCCAGCCUCUCCUUUCACUCUGGAGGUUAAAGAUGCACCACAAUAUUUCCGAUUACAGCAUACAGUUUCUGCUGAAGAAUCUGUGACCUCUUCACAAACUGAUCUGCACAGAGAGACUUUCUUGGUAACACGUCUUGGAAUUAAAGAGCCACAUGUACGUGCAUCCUUUCAGCAUGUACAAAAACAAGAGAGUGUUCCAUGGGAUGUCCUAGGAGCCAGAGGCAAAGGCAUUCGUGGAGAGGUGAUAAGGAGAGAAGUAACCCCUUCUGAUCCUGUUGCACGUGUUUUGUUUCAUCGGACAGGGGCUGACUUGCACUCAAGAGUAACCCACAACCAAUGUGUGAGUGUGCAAGCAGUACAUCCUGGAGACCUUAAAGUUCAAGGAUUUUGUAGGAUUGAGACUUCCCUUGAUGUGUGUAUUGCAGAGAUUCGCUUUUCUUCUUCCUGGUUUUCUCUUGUUUCUCUUCCUUUAAAUGUGACCUUGAAUUAUUCUGCAUCUGAAGAUUGCGAAUAUUAUGACGAAAGAUCAGAGAUUGCAGGCACGGUUCAGAUUGUGGGUGUAAACAUACCAAAAGUUCAGCGAAUAAGUGUUGGGGACUUUGUGACAAUUACUCUACCUGACAAGACACUGUUACCUGGAGAGGUGUUUACGGCAUCAAUUAGCCUUCAACAUAACUGGACACAGCCUAUCUUUAGCCUUAGGAUACGAUGCCGUACUGGGUUGGAGCUUCUCUUUGCUCGGUCUGCUGCUCCAAACACCUGGGCAAUAAAAACAGAAACACAGAAAGGAGCCAAACAUCACACCAUUGUAGGGCACUUAACUCAUAGAGGAUCUUCCGAGCGCAGGUCCUAUCUAGUUGUCGCUCUCUUGGAUUUUCUUGUUGGUAAUGUAUCUGUAGGCUCUGCUGUUUCACGAAGAAUCACAUUCCAGCUUGAUGGCCCUGGGACAAGUGCAGCUCCAGCAGGUUUUCGGGGCAGUGCUGAAGUGCUGGUAUCGGAUCGUGAUCUUAGAGCAAUUUUCCCACUGGUGAAGUCAAAUGAAAUUUUGAACACAGCCCUCCUAACUGGCAUUUCCCAGAAGAUCCCAGUGAGAGUGCUGGCUUUGGAAGCUGGUGGACAUGUAGUUGAUGUUACCAAACAGGCAGGCUGUGAAACUCCAAGUGCACAGAUUGUCCAGGUUUCAGAUGGCUGUGAUUUCCUGUUUGUGGGUGGUAAGGAGACUCAGGGGGCUGUGGAUGUGAAGGUGGAGUUUUGGUUAGAACGCCUCCGCUCCUCUCUUUCCUUGUCUCUUUGGGUACCUCUGCUUCCAUUGAGAGUUGAGGUGUCAGACACAAAUUUGCAGCGUUUGCCAAGUUCAGGAUCUUUUGGCUACUCUCAGAAUGCAAAUGACGGUGAACGCAAAGUUGCUUCAGAUCGCAGAAGUCCGAGUUGUCAGGCUCAGUAUCAAAGAGCUCAAGUACGCUUUCUUGCCCACUUUGUGGCUCAUUCCUUGGAUGGUAGCCGUCAGCUGACCUACUUCCUGGGUAGCAAUUGGCUGCUAGAUGUAUCUCCUUUAAUAAGGAGCCAAGCUGUCGUUAGAGAUCAACGUAUAGCACGUCUAGAGGAAGAGGGGAGUGUUCUUAUUGGCCAGCAGCCAGGAGUUACUUCUGUUGAGGUGCGAUCUCCACUUUCACACUCCAUCCUAGGAGAGCAAACAAUCUAUGUCUCUUCAGAAAUCGUCUCCAUUCUGGAACUGCAUUCACAUUUGGUUUGGGGCAUAAAUCUCAAUGUCACCCCAUGUCUGACUAGACAUCCUGGAGUUUUUACAGUUUUGUGUCAGUCUCAAGAGCCGGCAAUGAUUCCUAAGCAGGAAUCCGUUAUGUCUGUAUGGCUGAUGUUCAGUGACAUGUCAGUUGCACCAUUAACCCUAUAUGAUCCUUUGGAAUUAUCACUAUCUGUUGUGUCCUCAGAUGACCAUAUCUUAUCCGUUCAUCGACCUGUGGUGGCUGUGCACUCCUGGUCCUUGCCUGUAUUGACUUUUAAGGGUCCAGGUGAAGGACCCUUGCUGCGUACUUCUCUCUACUUGCCAGAGCGAUGCAGGGGUGAUUCUUCAGGAUUGCUCAGUGCUGGCUAUGUUCGAGUUAUGUUUCUAAGAAAUGUAACAGACGAUGGUGAAUAUCCUGGAAAUGACAUAUUACAGAGUGACAGUGACCUAACUUCUAAGGAUAGUGAUACAGCCUUACCCGUAAACAACAUUAUUCCUGGCACUAGUGACAUAAUACUAAGAGGUGAUACUGCAAGCAUUGAAGAUGAUGAAUCUGUUUCUAAUAUUGAUGAUAUUGUCACAACCCGUUGGGGAAUACCUGGCUUAGAAGAAGGACUCUAUGGACUUCUUGCUCUCUUCUCUUUGCUUACCCUCCUAUUUUUUAUUAGUUGUCUGGCUUUUAUCAAUAGACACAGAAAAAAAUCAGCACCAGAGGGUCCUGGGAAUCCUGAGGCACCAAACUGGGUAUGGCUGGAAGGGUCUGAAGCUAAUGACCCAAGGUCCCAGGGAGGAGUGAGUGAAGAGCAGGAAGAAAGAGAACAGUGGGAAGGAAGAGAGACAGGACAACAAAGUCUCACCAGUACAUUCCACCCAGUGAGAAAUUCUCAAGGGCCAGAGACCACUAGUGGCCAGAACUCUGAUGUUGGUUCCUUCCCUACACCUGCAAGCCACUCUAGAGCCUGCUUGGAAGCUAAAAAGCCUGAACUGCUUUCUUUAAGAUCGGCAAUCACACAAGAAGAUAGAAAAAUGGAAAGAGGCCCCGAUGAUCCCUAUGUGCGCUCUAUCUUGGUAGCCAGUGAAGAAGAUAUCAUGUGGGUAUGCAAAGAUAUGGGUAUGAGGGAACCUCAGGAAAUCCUGAGUUACAUGGAAAAAAUCAGAAGCGAAACACCUCAUCAAGGAGAAAGAAGAAGAGAGAUUACACGGGGUAUAGAAAUGAAUAUAGCAGGCACGAGUGUUAGAAGAUUAACUUAGUGUUGAUAUCAAAAAGUAUGGUAGUAAGCAAACAACUUAAGGUUAAGAAAUAUUAAUGCUCUGAGAGUUUCCACCUUCUUUAGACUCUGGUAGUAGCAUAUGUAUUUUUCAUUCCAGUGUUAUGCAAAAGAGGUAUGAGAUUCUACGUUUCCUAUUGUUUUUCAGCAAAUUAUCUGAAACCAUAAUUACAUUGUAUUCGUACCUGGUUAAAUAAGUAAAGUUUAAGUAUAUAUUUAAAAAAAGCAAAAAUUCACAUUUUCAUGAGCUCUCAAAUGGUGAAGAAGUGCAUUAUGUAUACUUGCAAGAAAAGCAAAGGGAUGCAACAGUAGUGUUAUAUAUACA